AUGACAACAACGACUACUGAGCCUAUCGGCAUUUCGAAUCUCCCGAAUCAGCGCCACCGCAUUGCCUCGCGCCGGACGGCCAACUUUACCCUCAUGGUGGUCGGUGAGAGUGGCACGGGCAAGACAACGCUCAUCAACACACUCUUUCGCACUGAGCUUGCACCCGGAACGAACUAUGCGCAGCGCCAUAUGACGCAGCUCGACAAGGCUGUCGAGGUCGAUGUGAUCCGUGCCGAGUUGGAGGAAAAGCAGUUCCGUGUGAACCUCACGAUUGUCGACACGCCCGGCUUUGGCGACUAUGUGAAUAACCGCGACUGCUGGGUCCCGCUCAUCGACUUUAUUGACGACCAGCACGAGUCGUACCUGCGUCAGGAGCAGCAGCCCGACCGCAGCCACCUCAUCGACACCCGUGUGCAUGCAUGCCUGUACUUUAUUGCGCCAACGGGCCAUACGCUCAAGCCGCUCGAUAUCGAGGUUAUGAAGCGCCUCUCUCAGCGUGUCAAUCUGAUCCCCGUGAUCGCCAAAGCCGACACACUCACGCGGCGCGACUUGGCCGUCUUUAAGGAGCGCAUCCGCAACGUGAUCCACACGCAUGGUAUCUCGGUGUUUGCCCCACCCGUCGACGCCAUCGACGAGGCAAGUGCCGAGCAUGCGCGGGCGCUCAUGUCGUCCAUGCCGUUCAGCAUUAUCGGCAGCACCCAGGACGUGCGCACGCACGAUGGACGCGUCGUCCGUGGCCGUGAAUAUCUUUGGGGUGUGGCCGAGGUCGAAAACGAGCACCACUGCGACUUUAAAAAGCUGCGCUCCCUCCUGAUCCGAACGCACAUGCUCGACUUGAUUACCAACACCGAGGACUUCCACUACGAAAACUACCGCCAGACACAGAUGGAGACGCGCAAGUACGGCGAGCCGCGCGUCAAGAGGUUUGAAAACCCACGCUUCAAGGAGGAAGAAGAGGCGCUCCGCCGCAAGUUUACGGACCAGGUCAAGCUCGAGGAAGGCCGCUUCCGCCAGUGGGAGCAGCACCUCAUUGCCGAGCGCGAUCGUCUCAACAAGGACCUCGAAACGGCUCACAGCGCUAUCAAGCAGCUCGAGUCGGAGAUUGAGAGCAUGCAGAUGGCCGCGCGCACGCAGAGGAGGUAA